AUGAAGACAUCAACAUCAUCUUCUUCCGUGGUUGCUCACAAGUCACACCGCCAAAUUACAAUUUUGCCACGGAGUAAUUACGGACUCCGAUCAUCGGCGAGUUUUACAGUAGCACCGGUUCAUACGUUAAACAAAGUUUCCCACCUUCGACUAAACUUGGUGUCUCUUCUCGCUUAUUAUUGUUCUUUACUGGAUCCGAUGAAUCACCAUAAGCGUUAUAACUUUGUGAUCCUAUGGGUUCUUUUGCUUCUAUCACACAACAUCGAGUCAUUUAGUUGGUUUUUCACUACUAAGGGUGAAUCUAGUGAGAAGCCUUCAACGUUUCCCGAUGUUUCACACAAUGUGGUUGCUGAAUUCUCAAUGGAAUCCUUGAAUAGCAAGAAAGGAAUGACUUUGGUUGAAAAAGCAAAGAGAAAAGUUGUUGCAUCAAAUUCUUGUUGGCAAAACGCAUAUCAAAAUUUAUUUACAGGAUGCUCAGAGAUUCUAGCAGGUGAAGAACAACGUUCUAGACUCGCUUGGCAUCUUACUGAUUGCUUUCAGAAGGACACUGGGAGGUCUCAUUUUCCUUAUUGUGACGUAAAAGCUCCCAUGAAAACUUGUCUUAAAAAGUUAGAUGAAGAUGCUCAUAGGAUUUAUCUUGAGUUCUAUCUUGAGACAAACUCCAUUUGUCAUCAGUUACAGACGGAUGCAUUCAAGAGACAAACAGAAAGAUUGGUGAAUGAACUGAAAAGGUCGGCUGAAUAUGCAGAGGAGAAAUUAGAGAACAUAGAAGAGAAGGCAGAGCGUCUAUCGCAUACUUCACAACAUAUUCAUGAGUCAUUGGCGUCUAUUGAUAUUCAAACUCAACAAGUGGCUAAAACAUCAAAAAACGUUGAACAACAUGUAGGUGUUGUGUUAGAGCAUUCACAAUCGGUUUAUGAGCAAUCCCUCAAACUAGCGGAUUCUCAAAUGGAGCUUCGUAAUGGACAAAAUAAAAUGAACGAAAGACUAGAUGAAGGGAUGAUGAUGUUGAAUGAAUCUGCGAAUAAGAUUGGGGGAGAAUUGAAGAAUUUGAAGAAUGAAGUUGUUGAAGUAGAAAAAGAGAUUGGAAAAGUUGGAGAUGCAAUGUUUAUGAAGAUGGAUACGUUACAAAGCAAAGCUGAUGAUAUUGAGAACAUAGCGGAAACUUCAUUAGAGAAGCAAAAACAACUUUUUGAUAGCCAAAAUGCUGCACUCGAGGCUCUUGAAACUGUCACAAGUUUUCAAUCCCAAGCCCUUGAAGAGAGCAGGGGGACUUUGCAACAGUUGAUUGAGCUUGGUCAUAGUCAACAACAGGAACUCAUACAAAGGCAACAACAACUUAAACAAGUUCAUGAUCAUCUAGUUGAGAAUUCAAAAUCCAUAUUAGCUGCCCAGGAAAUUUUUGAGUCAAAGCAAACGAGCAUGUUUGUUGCAAUUGACAAGCUUUUCACUCUGCACAAUGCAAUUUUGCUUGAAUCACGAGCUAUUAAAGCUUUCGUUGUGUAUUUUAUAUUAAUCUUCACGCUCUAUAUGUUCACAAGUACAAAACAAACGUAUAAUGUGAGGUCCAGGCUUUAUAUAGGAUUAUGUGUGACGUUUGUGAUUGAGUUAGUUGUGUUUCGUUAUGGAAAUGACAUUGAACAACAGACAUGGAUUAUAAGCAUUGUUAGGUCAAUAUUCACGCUUCUCGCAUCAUGUCAACUUCUGUAUGCCAUAUACACAUAUAGAGAUUAUGAGACAUUGAACCAUCGUAUGCUACAAUCACUAAUUGAGAAGGUUAAUGGCAUGCAAGGAAAUAAAGAGAUGGUAGAUGAUGAUGAUGAUGAUGAUGAUGAUGAUGUGGACUGGUCUUCAUGGGUUGACACUGAUUUACCUGAAGAUGAAUUGGAAGACUUUGACUAUACGCUUCCUGAAGGAGUUGGAGAGGUUUCAAUCAUCCCUUCAGUUUCCAGACAGUAUAAUCUUCGCCAGCGUCAUCUAUAA